GGCCCGGGUGUACACGGAAUCGGCCUAUAGUAUAGCUAUGAUAGCUCAUCGCUACCUACCAUAUAGGUGGUUCUGUGAUCGCCUCCCCCUUGCUCAAAUUCGCAAGUCUAUCUUCUUAUCUCAAACUACUUUGUCAAAUUAUAAGCAAACACUUAUAACAACAUGGCAACUCUUCUAGAUCACAACCCCAACCCUGAGAACUUUUACGCAAGCCUCAUUCAGGGGCAGAAGUUCGCCGUCAUCCCGGAGCUCAUCCUCGACUCGGGAGAAGUUUUAGAAUCAUGCCCAAUCGCCUACAAGACAUGGGGUCGACUCAACGAUACUCGCGAUAACGUCUUAGUUGUCUGCCAUGCUCUCACCGGUAGCAGCGAUAUUAGCGACUGGUGGAGCCCCCUCCUUGGUCGCGGCAAAGCUUUUGACCCGGCGCAUUUCUUCAUCUUUUGCGCCAACGUUCUCGGGUCGCCUUACGGAAGCGCAUCACCAGUUACUGUUGACCCAAGAACAGGUAGGCGCUACGCCAGCAAAUUCCCGCAGACAACAGUCCGCGAUGAUGUUCGAGCACACAAACAUGUUCUUGACGCUUUAGGCGUUCGAUCCGUCGCCGCUGUGAUUGGGGGUUCGAUGGGUGGGAUGACAACGCUUGAAUGGCCGUUAUGUACCGAGCCGGGAUACGUCCGGAGCAUUGUGCCGAUUGCGACGGCCGCCGACCAUAGCGCCUGGGGUAUCUCCUGGGCCGAAGCCCAGCGCCAGUGCAUAUACUCCGACCCGCGCUUCGACGACGGUUAUUAUGAACCUAUCCCAGAAGGCCAACCCUCAGCGGGUCUGGCAGCUGCCCGUAUGGUGGCCAUGCUCACGUAUCGCUCAUGCACAAGUUUCGACUCCCGCUUCGGCCGGAGACCACAACAGCAAAGACAGAAGCCUAGAGCUGUGCAGGAGCCGCCUCUAGAUCUUCCACGAACGGAUGUCCCCGUCGCAACAGCAGCGCCAGCAGUUACAACACCUGUUGAGAGGGAGCGCAAGGGUUGGACUACGAGAAGGGACCCGUCCUUUUCGGCUCAGGGGUAUCUACAUUACCAGGGGCAGAAGUUCAUUCAGCGCUUCGACGCUAAUUGUUACCUCCACAUCACUAAUAAGAUGGACGCGCAUGAUGUGACGCUGGGCAGGGUGUCGGCAGAAGAAAGUAAUAUCGAUGAUAACGCAUUGCGCUCGAUCCUCGCCGUGGUCCCACCUGGUGCGCUAGUUGUCAGCGUCGCAACAGAUGCGCUAUUCCUCCCCGAACAACAGGAGCGGCUAGCAGCGUGUCUUCCUGGCGCCUCGCUUGCGAUGCUCAAGUCGUCAGACGGGCACGACGGGUUUUUACUCGAGUUUGAGCAACUUGGAACUCUAAUUACGGGAAAAUUGAGGGAGGAUUUCCCGCAAUUUUACAACACUACAGCGGUUGUCGAUGACACCGCUCCCGUUACAGCGCAGCCUGGUGGUGCCAGUUUGACGGGAGAAGUUGAGGCUUGGUGAGAAGGUUGAGAUAUGUUUUUCCUUUUCUGUAUAGAAUGAUUUUAUUGCGUUUAUUGUACAUCAAGCGUUUUCUUGUUUUGAUUAUAGGCAUUGGAGGGGAUUAC